AUGUCGACUCAGUCCAGAACUGUUACCGGACCGGUGACUUGGUUCAUCUCGGUGGGAAAGAUUCCUGGCUGGGAGCAUGACAAGUUCAUUCAAGAAUACACCGUUGUUCAUGCCAACAUGUCGAUUCAACUACACAAGAUGCUCCCUGCGUUUGUCGACUACAAGCAAGUCAUUCCCGACUACGAAGUCUCCGGAAAACCCCUCCGCGAUGAGCCACGCCAGGACAGCUGGGAGGCCUUGACGGUCCAUAUCUGGUCCAGCAUUGACAUCCUCUUUGCGGGCUUUUCUGACCCGGGCUAUCGCGCCAGUGCUGGCAAGCACGUCUUCUCCAAUACAGAUGACAUGGUCGGCGGCCUCUCGCAAGUCCACGCCGAGCAUGCCUCGACGGAACUCGACCAUGUUCCGCAUCCCCGGGCGCGAGUUACCGUCUUCCACCGCAAGGGCGCCAUCGCGGGCCAGGGAGACGACGAGACUGAACAAUGGCUCGAUUCUCGCCUAGGCACGGGCAAGAAGCUGGUGGAGGGCGAUACGAGGCUCCUCCGCUAUCGCCAGUACAUCGACCGCACUCCGGCCGAUGUGUUGGAUAAAUUCAGCGGAACGCUCUUUGCCAAUGGCCGGUGGCACGAGUUCGCGGCCGAAGAGGAAUACGUCUUCAACAACACGCAGGACGCCGCGGACUUUGUCAACGAGCACCGUCAGUGGAUCGAGGCCGGACAGACGCCAUGGAUCAUGACGGGUAUCGCAAACGUGAUUUGGGGCAAGGAUUAA